AUCCAACACAAGGGCAGGGAGAAGUGCCACCACAGGCAGCCGUACAAGCCCCCGUCCAACAAGUGGUGGCGAUGACCCGAGAGGAGAUGCAGAGGAUAGCAGCGGCAGUGGCGGCGCAGGCGGUGCAGCAAGUUGCGAGUCAUACAUCUCAUGCCACCACUGCGCCGACCACGGUGGCCGGAAGCCAGGAUGAGGAUGUGUCUAGUUAUGGAGAAGGAGGAGCUGGAAGAGAUCGGGCAAUGGAGAGGAUGGCGGAGCAGUUGCGCCAGCUGCAAGACAAGGUGGAGGGGAGGCCAGAGAAGAGAGCUCGAGGACAUCCCUUUUCAAGGGAGAUUCUCGCUGCUCCUUUGCCAAAUAAUUUCAAGGAGACCAACUUGGUGUAUGAUGGGUCAUCUGACCCAUCGAGGCAUGUGAGGACCUUUGAAAAUAUGGCUGUGUUGCAUGGGUACUCUGAUUCUGUUUGUUGCAGGGCAUUUUUAUCGACCCUGCGUGGAGGAGAACUCGAUUGGUUUAAUCAGCUUCCCCCUGGGUUGAUCGCGAGCUUUGAGGACUUUACUGGCAAGCUUAUCAAUCAAUAUUCAAGCGCGGUGGUGCAGGAGAAAAUGUAUUUGACUUUGAUGGCGAUGAGACAAGGGGAGAAGGAAUCAUUGAGGAAGUAUGUUGCUCGAUAUAACCAAACAUGUUUAGAGGUGCACUCGGCUUCGUACGAGGUGAAGGCGGGUGGAUUGAUAAGGAGUCUUCGAGCAGGGCCUUGUCGAACUUCCCUGGCAAAGACCCCUGCUCGAUCAUAUGAGGAUGUUCUGAAGCGGUGCAGGAAGUAUAUUAACUUGGAGGAAAUGGAGAUGGAGUUUGUAAAGCCGAGGAGGAAUUCACCCAAACGGAGUGGGCAGAAGAGGGCAUCACCCCGAAGAGAAAGUCGAGAUUCGAAAAGGGAGAAGAGAGAUGAGUGGCAGAGGAGGCCGAUGUUGUUCGAGAGACAGAGAUACCACACUUUUACGCCCUUGAGGAAAGACAUGACAGAGGUCCUCGAGGCCAUGGAGCAGAAGAUGCCGAGUGAGGAUGUGACUUGGCCGAAGACGAGGUUUACAGGCCCAAUUCGACCUAG